AUGCCACUGACCAUCUGGAUGCGGCUGCGGCACUCCGCCAAACCUGUUCGUGCAUACCGAGUGCAGACACCAGAUGCUCUAAGCUCAGUCACACCACUAGGAGCCAUAGACGCAUCACUCAUCCUACCCAAUGUGGCACGUGGAGUCUCCGACAACAAACUCCGCCAACUGGUCAUGGACCACCUCAACGGCUCCCACAACGGCAGUCCCUUCAUCUCAAUCUUCACCAACGAGCAACACGCCCAACAAUGGGCACUAAACUGGAGCGAAAAAAACGGCGAUGAAAUCUGUAACCUCACCACCCUCGACGUAUCAAAAAUCACCAGACUUUUCAGCGUCAAAGAACUCGUCACACUCCUGGGCCUGAAAUCCGACAUUUCUACUACAAAAUCUGAUAACUCCUGGGAACAUGAGUAUUUGGUGGUGCAUCAAAUUCCUUCGGAAGCUAUUAUUAAGAAACAGAAGAUGAGGAGUCAUCUUGGGUAUUUGGGGACUGCGCCCGAAGACUCGGGUGCUGAGACUUGGAGUUCGAAUGUGCUGAGGAGGAGUAUUAGUGUAAGACAUGCGAAUGGAUUGGCUGUGCAGCCUGCUGAUAUUGAUGAGGGUAAUGGAUCUAUCAGAGAAGACAGCCCGAGGGAUGAUGAAGCAUUUAUCGAGCGACUGGUUUCAUCUUACCAACUUGACCGUGUAAUGGAGACAUGA